AUGCUCUUGGUAACAGCUUAUUUGGUCGGGAAUGGCGAAGAAGAAUUGCUCGAUUCAACCUAUCAUCGAAAUCAACCAGCUACUCAUUGCGAAGACGUUGAAGAAUCCAUGCUGAAAAUCCAGGGUAAUCUUACUGAUAGAGAUAAUGAUAAUGAUGAUAAUUCGAACUUUAGUUUUAUGAAUUCUGAUGCCGAUACCAUUUUCCGAUGGUGCAGAAGUCGUAAUUAUAUCGAAAAUUUGCCAAAAAUUACGAAAUUUACAGUUCCGGCACUGCAUAACAGGCCGAAAAAACAGUUUCUUGUCUGCCUGGACUUCUCGAACAAUUUAAUGCAUUGGCAUUUCACACUCAUCAGUCUGUCCGGAAAGACUAAAUGGGAGAAGACCUGGAUUUGGUCUUCGUAUUUGUGA